AUGUCCGAACCGUCCUCAAGGCCCUCGAGAAGGGCAGCGUCCCGGAGGAAAACAAUUGUGGAAUCGGAUGAGGAAGAGGAAGAGCUCGCACAAUCUAAGAUGCAAGUGGAUGAUGAGGAAGAGUUUACACCUGCACCCAAACAGCGAAGCCCGCGGAAAGCCCCUCAGUCAAGGCGCAGGACUACAAAUACCAUUCCUAUCACUCCGCGUACUCCAGGCCGGGCAAAUCAAAGCCUUUCGAGUGAGAAUAUUGAGCCCUCCGAAGUAUUUGACCCCGAAGAAACUAUAAAACCGGACCCGGACUCUCCUUCUAAGAGCGCACCACGAAAACGAAAGAGUGUGCCGGCUCGGGGGACUCGUUCUUCUAGGACAUCAGAACUACCUCCGCCAUUACCUACCCCACAGUCAUCACAAUCUCCAGAACCUUCCCAAUUGCCUGGCACGCCACUUGCGGAUAUCACUGAAGCCCUCAAUGAUCGGCCGCGUACAGCUGAGAGCCAGACCUCAGCUGUAGAGCGUGUCAGGCCAUUUGAUACAGUUUUAGAGAAGCCAAUGGAUAUAGUCCUAAAGUCAAGGUCGAUGGCAGCCCCAGUGGUUGAGGAUACAGGGCCCAAAGCUCGGAUUGUCAUUACUUUUUUGAUUCUCACCAACUUCAAAAGUUAUGCGGGGCGUCAGGAAGUGGGCCCAUUUCAUGCGUCCUUUUCCUCUGUCGUAGGCCCUAAUGGAUCCGGUAAAUCAAACGUUAUUGACUCUCUGCUUUUUGUCUUUGGAUUCAGAGCCAGUAAGAUGCGGCAGGGCAAAAUUUCAGCUCUUAUUCAUAACUCUGCGGCAUUCCCAGACCUCGACUUUUGUGAGGUUGCCGUGCAUUUUCAAGAGGUUAUGGAUCAGCCAGAUGGAACACAUAUAAUUAUGCCAGACUCCGACCUCAUCAUAUCCCGGCGGGCUUUCAAGAAUAAUUCCAGCAAAUAUUACAUGAAUGGCAAAGAGUCCAAUUUUACAACCGUCACGACGCUACUCCGUGCUAAAGGGAUAGACCUGGACCAUAAACGAUUCCUGAUUCUCCAGGGAGAAGUCGAAUCGAUUGCUCAAAUGAAGGCUAAGGCUGCCAAUGAGCAUGAUGAUGGUCUUCUUGAAUAUUUAGAGGAUAUUAUUGGUACCUCAAAGUAUAAAACGCCCAUUGAAGAAUCUGCAAUGGAAGUUGAAACCCUAAACGAGGUCUGUGUUGAGAAGAGCGGACGUGUUCAGCAUGUCGAAAAAGAAAAGAACAACUUGGAGGACAAAAAGAACAAGGCCCUCGCGUACAUCAAAUCCGAAAAUGAGCUAACGAUGAAGCAAUGCGCACUGUACCAAAUCUAUGUUGACGAGUGUGGCGACAAUAUUGCAGUUACGGAAGAAGCUGUUUGCCAAAUGCAAGCUCGCCUUGAUGAGGAAUUAGCAAAGCAUAAAGGAAAUGAGGAUGGAAUCAAGCUUCUGGAUAAGCAGUACAAAACGGGCCAGAAAGAAUACGAGUCUCUCGAGAAGAAUACCCAACAUAUCCUCAAGGAAAUGGCAAGAUUCGACCAAGAGCAUGUCAAGUUUGAAGAAAAGAGAAAAUUCUUGACAAGCAAGCAAAAGAAACUGGAAAAGUCUAUCAGCACGGCUGAAACAGCUGCCACCGAUGCGGAAUCUACUAUUGAGACCCGGAGUGCUGAGAUUGAGCAGUCGGCCAAAGAGAUUGAUGCGAUGGAGAAACGGAUGAAGGUGGAAGAGAAGGAAUUAGCAACCAUUCGAGAUAGUCUCAAGGGCAAAACUCAGGCAUUUUCAGAUCAAAUUGGGACGAAACAAAAAUCUCUGGAGCCUUGGAAUGAGAAAAUCAAUCAGAAGCAGUCAGCGAUUGCCGUUGCUGAGAGUGAGCUCGCUAUCUUGCAUGAAAAGGCAAAUGCUGGCGCCGUCGCACUUGAAGAAACCCAAGCAAAACUCGUCAGCAUUGAGGAAGCCCGGGAGGCUAAGCUUGAAGAGCUCGAAGAGUGCAAGACAGAGAGAAAGAAACUGGAGAAAGAAGCCGCUCGAGUCCAGGCAGAAUUCAACCAACUCGCGCAAAAAGAACCAGAUAUUCGAUCACGUCUAUCAGGGGCUCGUCAAAAGGCAGACGAGGCUCGUGCCAGUUUGUCCAACACGCAGACCCAAGGCAAUGUGCUUACAGGCUUGAUGCGACUCAAAGAAUCGGGUCGAAUCGAUGGCUUUCACGGAAGGCUUGGCAAUCUAGGUACUAUUGAUCAGAAAUACGAUGUCGCUAUUUCCACAGCCUGUGGAGCGCUUGACAACUUCGUAACCGAUACCGUUGAGGCAGGCCAACAAUGCAUUGAGUACCUCCGGAAGACUAAUCUUGGCCGUGGUAACUUCAUGUGCUUGGACAAGCUUGGGAAUCGAGAUAUGUCACCCAUCGAAACUCCAGAAAACGUACCUCGCCUGUUUGACUUAAUCAAAGCGAAAGAUGACAGAUUCCGACCUGCUUUCUAUCACUCCCUACAAAACACUCUGGUGGCGAAGGAUCUCGCACAAGCUAAUCGCAUUGCCUAUGGCGCCAGGCGGUGGAGAGUGGUGACGCUUGAUGGGCAGUUGAUUGACAAGUCUGGUACAAUGUCCGGUGGAGGUAACACGGUUAAGAAAGGACUGAUGUCCUCUAAACUCGUUGCAGAUGUGUCUAAAGAUCAAGUAAAUAAGCUCGAGGGGGAUAGAGAUGCAUUAGAGCAAGACUUCCAAAAGUUCCAAGAUCGUCAACGUGGACUAGAGUCGACACUGCGAGAUCUUAACGAUCAAAUUCCCCGACUUGAUACGAAGAUGCAGAAGAUCGGGCUCGAGGUUGAGAGCUCAGCGAGAAAUCUUGCCGAUGCCCAGCGACGGAUCAAGGAAUUAAGCAAGGAGCAUCAACCCUCGCAGACAGAUGAUAGUCGCGUGGCCUCGCUUCAAAAAGAGGUGGCAAAGCUGAACAAGGAUAUCGAAAAGCUCCACGGUGAGACUUCCAGUGUCGAGCAAGAAAUAAAGGCAUUGCAAGACAAGAUUAUGGAAGUUGGCGGCGAGAAGCUCCGGACACAGAGAUCCAAGGUCGACGCCUUGAAGCAAGAAAUUGACAAUGUCAACGAGGCUGUAUCUACUGCAGAAGUCACUAGAGCCAAGGCCGAAAAACAGAAGAUCAAGCAUGAGAAAGACUACGCCAAAGCCACAAAGGAACUUGAAAAUGCGAUUGCAGAUCUCGAGUCUCUUGAACUAGAUAUCCAAAACCAGACCUCGGAUGCGGAAGGCUAUCAAGCAAGCGUCGAUGAAGCGCAAGAAGCGCUUCGAGAGAAAAAGAGGGAUCUCUCAGCUGUCAAAGCAGAGCUCGACGAAAAGACUGCAGCCCUCAAUGAGACCCGCGCAGUUGAAAUUGAGAUGCGCAAUAAGCUUGAGGAGAACCAAAAGGUGCUUGCUGAAAACCAAAAGCGUCUGAGGUACUGGCAUGACAAAUUGGGCAAGCUCUCUCUUCAAAAUGUUAGCGAUCUUGGUGAAGAUAUUACGCCCGAUGAACUGCCAUCCUAUACCAAGGACGAGAUUGCAGAUAUGAGCAAGGAAUCGUUGAAGAGCGAGAUUGCUGCCUUGGAGGAAAAGACUCAGAAUGAGAGUGUUGAGCUCGGUGUCCUUGCAGAAUAUCGUCGACGCGUGGAAGAGCACGCGGCGAGGCACGCUGAUCUCCAGAGCGCAGUUGGUCAACGCGACAUAUCAAAAAAGCGCUGUGACGAACUAAGACGACUUCGGCUCGAAGGCUUUAUGGAGGGCUUCAGCACCAUAUCUCUGCGCCUUAAAGAGAUGUACCAGAUGAUCACCAUGGGUGGUAAUGCGGAACUCGAGCUCGUGGAUUCUUUGGAUCCAUUCUCUGAGGGAAUCCUGUUCAGCGUCAUGCCCCCGAAAAAGUCCUGGAAGAAUAUCUCGAACUUGUCGGGUGGUGAAAAGACGUUGAGUAGUUUAGCGCUGGUCUUUGCUCUUCAUCACUAUAAGCCUACUCCAUUGUACGUCAUGGAUGAAAUUGAUGCGGCUUUAGAUUUUAGAAAUGUCUCGAUUGUGGCUAGUUAUAUCAAGGAGCGGACGAAGAAUGCCCAAUUCGUCGUUAUCUCGCUGAGGAACAACAUGUUUGAACUCGCGUCAAGACUUGUUGGGGUGUAUAAGGUUAACCAUAUGACAAAGAGUGUGACGAUUGAGAAUAGGGAUUAUAUCAAUGUCACAGCCUGA